GGUAAGUUCAAGGUAAGUCACGCUCGGGACGAGGCUGGUUUCGCUCUUUGGACCCUUGAGUCUGCUUCUUAUUUGGGAACUGACUCCUGCCUCGCUUGCUGUCAACUCCAUUGUGCCCCCAAACUCCUCGCAUUCUGCUUGACGCUUUCUGUUCUUCCCCGGCAACCCACCGCCGUCGUCGUGCAGCCUCCUUUGUUUCCUGUACCCCGCGUGCUGGUAGACAGGACAACACGCUGUGUACGCUCAGUUCAAUUAUCGGAUAUAUCAGAUGAAAGUGAUUGUGUGAGGAAGCAAGGAAAUCAGCGACAUAUUUCAUCAUGGAGAACUACCAGAAGAUCGAGAAGAUUGGAGAAGGAACCUAUGGCGUUGUCUACAAGGCUCGCGAGCUCACCCAUCCCAAUCGGAUUGUCGCCCUCAAGAAGAUUCGACUAGAGGCGGAGGAUGAAGGCGUUCCUAGCACAGCCAUCCGUGAAAUUUCCCUACUCAAGGAGAUGAGCGAUCCCAACAUUGUGCGACUCCUGAACAUUGUGCAUGCCGAUGGCCACAAGCUAUAUCUCGUCUUCGAAUUCCUCGAUCUCGACCUCAAGAAGUAUAUGGAGGCUCUUCCUGUCAGCGAAGGUGGCCGAGGCAAAGCUCUUCCGGAAGGCUCUGCUUUGAGCAAGAACAUGGGUCUUGGCGAUGCCAUGGUCAAGAAAUUCAUGGCUCAGCUAGUGGAGGGUAUUCGUUAUUGCCACAGCCACCGUAUUCUACACCGUGAUCUCAAGCCCCAGAACCUCCUGAUUGACCGUGAUGGCAAUCUUAAGCUGGCGGACUUUGGAUUGGCUAGAGCUUUUGGUGUUCCCCUGAGAACCUAUACCCAUGAGGUUGUCACCCUUUGGUACCGCUCCCCUGAGAUUCUCUUGGGUGGUCGUCAGUACUCGACCGGCGUAGACAUGUGGUCCUGUGGUGCCAUUUUCGCGGAGAUGUGCACUCGCAAGCCUUUGUUCCCUGGUGAUUCGGAGAUCGACGAGAUCUUUAAGAUCUUCCGUCUCCUCGGUACCCCAGAUGAAGCCAUCUGGCCCGGCGUCACCUCUUUCCCCGACUUCAAACCCACUUUCCCUAAGUGGAAACGUGAUGAAACCCGUGCACUCGUUCCUGACCUUGAAGAGGAUGGUCUGGACCUCCUCGAUGCUCUUCUCGAGUAUGAUCCUGCACGACGAAUUUCUGCCAAGCAGGCCUGCAUGCAUCCCUACUUCCGGAACGGCAGUGCCUACUACUCAGGACGUACCCGGAGGAAUGGUUUCAACUAGCCGGUCUACCUUGCGCAUCAUCCAUUAGUGUUGGUGUACGUAUCAUGUGCACAGAUGCGGCAGAUGCAAUGGACGUUAUUCAGGUCCGACCAGGUUUUUUCUACAGGCUCAGUGCCUGCACUUCUCCCAGUAUCUCUAUUUUUAUAUCUUUUGUGAUGCCCUAGGUUUUCCUUCUGUUUGUAUGUGUUCUUUUAUUCAUGGCGUUGCUUGCGGAGUGGUCUGGAAGGGACGAGAUCAGGAUACUGGAUAUUACAAGGAGUGUUUUUGAGUUAUGCGUACAUACCCAUAAAUGAGUAACUGCCAAAAGAAAAAUAGCAUUCUUUUAAUAGCAAUAUUAC